AUGGCAGUCAAGGCAACCAUUCGACCUGCGCCCAAUGCGUUGACUGCGAAAAAGAAGAGAUCCUCAGUAGGGGCGCCAGCACAACAUGGCCAGAGCAGUCGGAAGGGGAAGAAAGCGUGGAGGAAAAAUGUCGAUAUUGAAGAGGUUGAGGUGGGCAUGGAGGAGCUGCGGGAUGAAGAGAGGGUGACAGGGUCGAUCCUCCAGACGAAGCCGAACGAGGAGCUCUUCCAAGUAGACGUGAAAGGCGAUGAGCAGAUCCGCAGGACACAGCCGAAGUUUUCGAAAGCCCUUCUCGCCUCUACCAAAAUUCUCUCGCAGCGAUCCGCCGUCCCAGCCGUCUUGUCGCGCACCACCUCCAAUCCGCUUAAGCGCAAAGCACUCACGCACGAAGAGAAGGGCCGUUUACUACGGAUGGGUAAACGGCCUAGGAAGGGUCCCUUCAACGCGAUCAUCGACCCGACGGAGACGGGUGCGGGGAGCGCAAUGCUCGAGGUCAGCGAGGCUGCGAAAAAGAGCGGGACGUAUGAUGUCUGGGUAGACAGCUCUGUGCAGGGAGCGACGGUGAAGCACCCAAAGACUCCCAAUCCUCGUCUGCCUAUCUCCGUCCCCGCCGUCCCUGCCCCCCACGAAGGUACCUCCUACAAUCCCCUCGUCACCGCACACCAAGAACUUCUCCGCACCGCCCACGAGAUCGAAGAACGCCGUCUCAAAGAGGUCGCAAAGCUCGAAGAGACGAAACGCAAGAUCGAUGCGGCACGCGGAUUAGCCCCGCUCGAAGAAGCGGUGGGAGUCGCCUCGGGGAUGUCAGUUCAGCCCGUCGACGACCUCGAAGCCGACCCAGCGCAGGACGAUGUCAAGGAGCUUCUUCCAAUGAAGAAGAUGCCCCAGAGGAAGACCAAGCAGGAACGGCGGAAGGCAGAGCGGCAGCGCGCGGAGAAGCGCGCCCUCGCUGAGCGGGCGGCACGGAAACGCAUGCUCGCGUCGGUCGACUCUGCGAAGGCACUGCGGAAGGCACUCGGGCAACGCCUCGUAGCGAGGGAGCGGCUGCACGUGCAGAGGCAGGAGAAGAUGGAGGAGAGGCUGAGGAACGGUUUGGCAGGCCAGCGGCUAGGGAAGCACAAGGUGCCGGAGGGCGAGGUUGACGUGCAGCUGGGUGAGGAUCUCACCGAGAGCUUGCGAGCGCUGAAGCCUGAAGGCAACCUGUUCCGCGAUCGCUUUUUGAGCAUGCAACAUCGUGCGCUCAUAGAGCCCCGCGUUCCUGUCCUACCCAAGAAACGCAGGAUCAAAAUCAAAGAGUACGAGAAGCAUUCGUACAAGCGUUUCGACCAGGACCAAUGA